AGAAAAAAAAGCUUUUUUAUACAACUGUGCUGAGUGUUGCUGCAACUAUUUGGACCCUUUUGUUCUUCUGUCUUCCUUUUUCCAUGAUCCAAAGCUUCCAUUUCAAUGAAUCUUCCCAAGUUCUAGAGAGAGAAAAUAUCCAGACUUAGAGAGAGAAACAGAAGAGUGAAAGAAACAGAAGAGUGAGAGAAACAGAAGAUUUUUGUAAAGAAGAAACAGUCAGUGUUACACUUCCAUUUGUAGGGAUGUCGGUAGAGAGAGAAAACUAAAAGAGUGAUAUAAUCCUUUGGUAUUUCUAUUGGGUUUAUUAUUUUCAACCAAUUUUAGAAAGAUAUUUUUGUUUUAAUGGUGUUUUUCUCUGUUUUUCCCCAUUAAUGUUCUUGUAAGAACACAAAUUAUGUGCAGAUCUUGCUCUUUUUUCUGCUCAAAACUGAAAAUAAUUCUUAUUCAUCCCUCUUAUUUCAUGAAAGUUUCAACGUUUUGUGUUUGAAUUUUGAUUUUUACUUUACCCAAUAAACAAUUUACCCUAUUAUUGUUUUUUAUGGUGUUAAAAAUGAGAUAUAAUAUUUCUAUUUUAUAAAUUUUGGAACAAUUAUUGGUAAUAUUUGUCAGCAAUGCUAAAUUUUUUGGUGGGUUUUGAGUUAUUUUUUAGUUUUUGGGGUUUUUGUUUGUGGGAAAGUUAUUGAAGCCUGAAACUAGAAAUCAAGAGAAGAAAUAUUUUACAGCAAAGUCUGAAUCUUUUUGGAAUUUUCCAUUGAUGACAACCUUAUUGAGAUUUUUUUUGAUUAAGAAGUUUGUUGUGGGGUGGUUUUGUGGGUUGAAAUAAGCUUAAAUAGUGUAACUUCUCUUAAGAUAUUUACAAUGAUUACCUUUAUGGAUACAAAAGAUAAAAUAAAGGAAACUGAUAAUUGUUUAGAUUCUCAAUUAUGGCAUGCUUGUGCUGGAGGGAUGGUUCAAAUGCCAACAAUUGAUACUAAAGUUUAUUACUUUGUCCAAGGUCAUAUUGAACAUGCUAAUGGAAAUGUUGAUUUUAGGAAUUUCCCUAGAAUUCCUCCUUAUGUAUUGUGUAGAGUUGAGGAUAUAAGAUACUUAGCUGACCAGGAAACCGAUGAGGUUUAUGCGAAAAUUCGAUUGAUUCCUGUGGCUAAUGAUCUUGAUUAUAGUGAUGAAGAUAGUAGUGUUAAUGGUGAGGUACAAGAGAAUAAGCCUGCUUCAUUUGCUAAGACUUUGACUCAGUCUGAUGCAAACAAUGGGGGAGGUUUUUCAGUCCCUCGUUAUUGUGCAGAAACUAUAUUUCCGCGGUUGGAUUACUCGGCUGAUCCACCUGUUCAGAACAUUCUUGCUAAGGAUGUUCAUGGGGAACCAUGGAAGUUUAGGCAUAUAUAUAGAGGGACUCCUAGGAGACAUUUAUUGACUACUGGUUGGAGUACAUUUGUGAAUGCUAAGAAGCUAGUUGCUGGAGAUUCUAUUGUGUUUUUAAGGACUGAAAAUGGAGAUUUGUGUGUUGGGAUUCGGAGGGCAAAGAGGGGAAUCGGAGGAGGGCUUGAUACGACUUUUGGGUGGAAUCCCGGAUCCAAUGUUUUGAACUAUGGUGCUUUUUCGGCUUUUCUUAGAGAGGACGAGAAUAGGGUUAUGAGAAAUGGUAAUGGGGUUGGUGGUAAUGUUUCGGUUAAGGGGAAAGUGAAGAUGGAGUCUGUUAUUGAGGCUGCAACUCGUGCUGCGAAAGGGCAGCCUUUUGAAGUUGUUUAUUACCCUCGUGCUGGUACACCUGAGUUUGUUGUGAAGGCUGGGCUUGUUAGAGCGGCACUCCAAGUUCGUUGGUGUUCGGGAAUGAGAUUUAAGAUGCCGUUUGAAACGGAAGACUCUUCUAGGAUAAGUUGGUUCAUGGGCACGACUUCCUCUGUUCAGGUUGCUGAUCCUGUGCACUGGCCCGAUUCACCUUGGAGGCUGCUUCAGGUGACAUGGGAUGAGCCCGAUUUACUGCAAAAUGUAAAACGUGUUAGUCCAUGGCUUGUGGAAUUGGUAUCGAAUAUGCCAGCCAUACAUCUGUCUCGCUACUCGCCACCCAGAAAGAAAUUCCGACUUCCCCACCAUCCAGAUUUUCCUAUGGAAGGCCAACUUCUGGUCCCCACAUUUUCCGGAAAUUUUUUAGGGCCAAGCAACCCUUUCGGAUGUUUACCCGACAAUUCUCCUGCAGGCAUGCAGGGAGCCAGGCAUGCUCAAUUCGGUCUUCCACUGUCCGAUCUUCAUAUGAGUAAAUUACAGUCGGGUUACUUUUCAGGUGGCUUCUCAGCACUUGAUCACAACACCACACUGCCCAAUCGACCGUCCAGUUCUCUAAAUUUUCAAAAACCCAGCACCAACGAUAAUAUAUCGUGCCUACUCACGAUAGGAAACCUAAACCAAUCAGGUAAGAAAUCCAAUGUGACUAAACCACAUCAAUUUGUGCUUUUUGGUAAACCAAUAUUGACAGAGCAGCAAAUGUCUCUAAGUCGUUCGGGUGACACUGUCUCACCCGCUCCUACGGGUAAUAGUUCAUCUGAAGGGAAUGUCGACAAAGCAGGUAAUGUUUCUGAUGGUUCUGGUUCAGCACUAAACCAGGAUCAUUGCUCUACGGAACGACUUCCUUCUCUCAAGGAAAACCGCCUAGAAUUAGACAUGGAACUAGAAACGGGUCACUGUAAAGUUUUCAUGGAAUCGGAGGAUGUUGGCCGUACUCUUGAGCUAACGUUGCUUAAUUCUUACGAAGAACUUUGCAGCCGGCUGGCUAACAUGUUUGAUAUAGAAUGUUCCGACAUACUUAACCGUGUAGUCUAUAGAGACAGGAAAGGUUCAUCGAAGCAAAUUGGAGACGAACCUUUCGGAGAAUUCGUGAAAAGGGCAAAGAGAUUGACGAUCUUGAUGGAUUCAAGCAGCGAUAACAUAGGAGCGUAGAGAGUAGAGAUGUUUUAGACACCAAAAAAACAAGUGUAAUUGUACAGGUAGAUCGUCUUAUGGCUGUUUCUAGCUUCACUAGGAUUGAUGCCGAUGUUAAAGAAAGCAUAUUCGAGCCAAUUUUGAUCCUCAACUGUUAAUCUUCAAAUAUGAUUUCCUUACCUAUAAAUUUUCGUAUGGAUUACGUUUCAAUGUGCACUAGAAAUGUUUCCCAUUUCAUAAUUUCCUUCGUUUCUUUGAGCUUUCACAUCGAUUUACGUAAUGUAAGAGCAUGAUUAUUGUUACUCGUCAAUAUACCUUCUAAGAGUUCCCAUUAUUUGGGAAUGUCAAAUGUGAAGAAUGAAAAGUUAAAAACACCUUUUCCAUGCUUUUAUGUCAAUACUGAUUUUGAGAAACAAAAAUAUUCUACUACUGUAAACUCUUUUUGUUUUCAACUUACGUGCGCUACUUCUAAAUUAACUUGGCAACCUAAUUAACUGAAUUUAUUGAACUUUUAUAAGUUUUUUGGACAAUUUUUUAGUUCGAACGAA